AUGACGGCUUCUGAAGGUGACGAGGCCGUUGAGAGGCUUCUCGAGCUUCUUGAUCAGUACGAGAAACUUGUCAAUGACAAGUUAAGUCCUAAUUUUGAAGCGGGUAUGCUUGAUUUUGCCAGAGCCAACUACUGCCAUGGUUCUAAGAGGUAUAACGUUGACAACCUCGACAAACGGCCCUACGUCGCAUGUAAAGAGGUCAUCUUCGCUAAGGAUAAAUUGAGCCUUCGAGAUAGGCUAUUGGAAGAGAAGCAAAGGAAGAAAACGGAGAAGCACCCUGGCAAUGGCGAAAGUUCAAGUGAGGAUCCAGAUAUUCAACUUCUGAACAGAAAAAAGAAUAGCAUUGAGAACAACGGAAAGAAGACGGAGGUGCUGGAGAAGGAUAAGAGGGAAACAAAGGAAACGAGCGUGCCCUUGUUGCGAGACCCUAUUCUUCAAUUUGGCGUCAUUGUGCCUCGAUCCUUAUCUACGGCGCAAGACUCGUUCGAAAAGUCUCUUGAAAAUAUUGUGGAGAUGGUCAAUCUACGGCGUGAAAUGCUGGAAUUGAUCAGUAGGAUUGAAUCCCUAUCGUCCUAG